GCAGAUUUUUAAAGCUAUUAGGUUUGAUUUGCAAGGCACAGCUGUCAGUGUAAGCUGACAAAAAGUCACUGCAUGGUCUGUUGGAGAAAGAGAGAGAGAGAGAGAGAGAGAGAGAGAGAGAUUGAUUCACAAAAAGGUCGGUACAACACAGGAAUAGUUGAACGCUAAAGUUACCAGCCCCAGUGGGGUCACUUCUGGCGCCUGCAGUGCACUCCGAAUUGUUCUGGCGGAUAAAGUUGGAGGACUGGGUCUAAUACUGGAAGCUGCUCUGGAAAACAUAGUUUUGCUGCCGGCAGUUUUGAACAUUUCACGUGAACAGUAGCAGAUCAGAUUCGUAUAGCUUCACACAAAGGAGAACACCAGCUGCCAGCAAUGACAGGUGAACUCAUUUUGGCCCUGAUUAGCAUACUGUUGAUACACCAGGCCUGUGGAUGCCCGAAAGAAUGCCACUGCAACUUAAAAACUAAAACAGUAGACUGCAGGGGGCAAGGACUUACUGAUAUCCCAGCCAGGCUGCAGCCUGACACUCAGGAACUGUACCUACAGAACAACCAGAUCCAUGCUGUCCACCCCUGGGCCUUCAAGGAGACAUUCUCACUGCAUGUUUUGGACUUGUCAAACAACAGCAUUUCCAUCUUAUCCACAAGCUCUUUUCAAGGACUGCACAGCCUGCGGGUUCUAAAUCUUGCAAACAACUCUAUCAGGAAUAUUGACAGCAAACUGUUCAGCCCCACGAACAGUCUCUCCGAACUGAAUUUGUCCUUUAACAGUAUAGCAAGCCUGCCUGGGAACCUCGCAGACGACUUUAAAAACCUCACAAGGCUUUCAGUCCGUCACAACGGGCUGCAGAGGCUGGACAGAACGCUACUGGAGCCCCUCUCCAAACUGCAGGCCUUGUUUUUACACAGCAAUCCCUGGACAUGUGACUGUCAGGUAAUUGGACUCAAGCUCUGGCUGGAGAGGUUUCUGUUCAAAGGGGGAACAAUUGACGAAAUCCGCUGCCGGCAGCCUGAAGAUCUGGAGGGGACAGACCUUCUCAAAGUCCCCUAUGAAAUGUUCCAGACCUGCCCCUCUACAAACUACAACUACCCGUUCUCCAACAUCCAACACACUGACCCCGAGCCCAAGAGUUCCUGCUCUCACGUGCACGACCAGCAGACCGAAGAGAGUGUCCCGGAUUGUGACCCGAAACAGCGUCCACGGCCAGUCAGUCUCCGCCAUGCCAUCGCUACGGUCGUGAUAACUGCUGUGGUCUGUGGAAUCGUAAGCCUGAUGAUGCUGGCUGCUGCUGUGUAUGGAUGUGCUUACGCAGCGGUUAUGGCCAAAUAUCACAGAGAUCGCAAGAAAGUGGAUCAUUUGGCAGCAACUACUGAGCAGGGGUGCCCAGAGGAAAAGGAACCAUUGGAUCGGUCUCUUGUAUAACUAUUGCUUUUUAUACUGUAAAAAAAACAAAACAAAAAAAAAAAACAACCAACUCAUUUACAGUCAAUAACUUCACCUGAUAGUACUGUAGCACUAUUUUACAGACCGUUCCUACCAACUGCAUGUAAAUACAAUGAAACAUAUAUAUUAAGAGAAAGAUUAAAAGUUACUAUAUAAAAUGUACCAUGGCUUUUAUUUACAUACUAACAUAAGGAAUGCCAGUAGCAUGCAUAGCUCUCCAUCGGACAUAAACAACACACGUGUGAGCACUAUGAAAAAGCAUUCAGUACAAGGUUAAUACAAACAACACGUUACCCCAGUAGGUAGAAUAGCGGCUCAUAACAAUAUUCAAUACAUUGAGAAAGACCUCUAGUCUAAACACUUGUUAAAGAUAGAUUUUUUAAUUUUUUUUUUUUGUAGAACUGUUUGAAUGAAAAGUUUGCAGAAGAGCUUACCGCAUCUAACAAAGCAGCAUUAACGCUUAAUAACUUUCACAAAUCUCUCAAGCAGCAGGCACAGUCGGUGCAGAGAUAUAGAAUCUGCCAGAAUGCUUUUCAAUGAGGCCACUGACCAUGCCACACUUGACUUCGCGUCACAGGCUGUACUGUAAAAUGCCAUUCGAUUGUGGCACUGCUUGGAGUGAAUACAAUCUUACAGCAGGUACUGCAAAAAUGCUGAGAAGAUUGGACCAUUUAUUUUAUGUUUCUUCAAAUGACAUCACUUAAAUUGAAAAAAAAAAAAAAAACCUGGCCUAUCAAUUUCUUCAUUGGCAGCUUAACAUGGCUAUUACAGCUGUAAUUGUACAACCCUUAAGAGCCACGGGGUUCCGUGUCUCUAAUGUAUGCCACUGUUUAGAUCUUCAUGCUCUCACUGAUGUUCCAGCCAGUACAGGGGUGGAAGCAAGGCUCCCAUUGCAUAGCAGUUUGAUCCAUUCCUGGUUUUGCUGUAAGUUUAAUAAGA